AUGGCAGAGCUAGGAGUGUUUGCUGGCAGGUGGCACGAUGAUACAACGAGAGAAUCAGGCUUCGCCUACACCAACAGCAAUAACACCAAAGAUCCUUUUGCGGGCCCCAACUACCACAUUGCUCCAAGAUGGGUGUACAAUAUUUCAACACUUUGGAUGAUAUUUGUGGUCAUCGCCUCAGUCUUCACCAAUGGCCUGGUACUUGUGGCCACUGCAAAAUUCAAGAAGCUCCAACACCCUCUCAACUGGAUCUUGGUCAACCUUGCUAUUGCUGACAUUGGAGAAACACUUUUGGCUAGCACCAUCAGCAUUUGCAACCAGAUUUUUGGCUACUUCAUUCUGGGACAUCCAAUGUGUGUAUUUGAGGGAUACACUGUCUCUGUGUGUGGUAUUGCUGCUCUGUGGUCCCUGGCUAUCAUCUCCUGGGAGAGAUGGGUGGUGGUGUGCAAGCCCUUUGGAAGUGUCAAGUUUAAUGCCAAAUGGGCCAUGGGAGGCAUUAUAUUUUCCUGGGUCUGGGCUGCUUUCUGGUGUGCUCCUCCCAUCUUUGGCUGGAGCAGGUACUGGCCUCAUGGCCUGAAGACUUCCUGUGGACCUGAUGUGUUCGGAGGCAAUGAGGAUCCUGGAGUCAAGUCCUACAUGAUUACUCUCAUGAUUACAUGCUGCUUCUUCCCCCUGGCUGUGAUCAUCUUCUGCUACAUUUUCGUGUGGCUAGCCAUCCGUGCAGUUGCUGCGGAGCAGAAAGACUCAGAGUCAACACAGAAGGCUGAGAAGGAAGUGUCCAGGAUGGUUGUUGUCAUGAUUAUAGCUUUCUGUGUAUGCUGGGGACCUUAUACCUGCUUUGCCUGCUUUGCUGCGGCUAAUCCUGGGUAUGCUUUCCACCCUCUGGCAGCUGCACUGCCUGCCUACUUUGCCAAGAGCGCCACCAUCUACAAUCCAGUUAUCUAUGUCUUCAUGAACAAACAGUUCCGUUCCUGCAUCAUGCAGCUCUUUGGCAAGGUAGAAGAUGAUGGCUCUGAAGUGUCUACAUCAAAAACAGAGGUUUCCUCUGUGGCACCUGCAUAAACCCCAGACAACGUCGUACGUCUUGGAAACAAAUCGUUCUGUGGAAAUUUUAUGAAUGGGACUUUUUAAAUGUACAG